CCUCCUGUUCCCCACACCAUUGGUGGCCAUGUCCGCGGGCAGCAUCGUGCACGAUGCGUCGGAGGCGGAGCCGCUCUGCCCGGCACAGGGCCUGUUCCUGCAGCGCGUGAGCCGUCUGAGCAUCAGUGUGGCACUGCCUGCAGGGACAACGACGGGCGCGGGCCGCGGUGCCUCCACCUGGGAGGUCAUGGAGCGGCUCAAGGCGCUGGCGCAGGCCCAGCCGCUCUCAGCCCUCCGCGUGGCGCGCAGCACACCCGAGCUGGUGCGCCUGGAGGCUGAGGUGGAGAACCGCGCGCUCGCCCGUGCCCUGCUGCACCGCCUGGACGGACAGACACUGCGCCUUGCCGGCUGUGCCCAGGCCCUGCGCGUGCGUGCCGACGAGUGUCCUCCCCGCCCGCUGCCCGCCAUGCUUGAGGAAGGGGACGAGCUCCCGGACACGCUGCACCUGCAGGGCCUGCCCUGCCGCUGGUUCGCGCCCCGUCCAGGACGCCACGAUUCUGGAGUGCACGUGGCAGGAAGGGACACAGCAACUGUUGGGGCCGCUGGGCCUGCACACACAGGAAGUGCAGACACAGGAAGUGAUGCUGCCCUGACUGCACCUGGGUCGGACACUGUAGGAAGCGGAUAUGACAGUACAGGAAGUAGCUCUGCCCUUACAAAAAAUGGGUCUGCCACUACAGGAGGUGGUACUGGCCUUACAGGAAGUGGGUCUGCCCCUUCAGGAAGUGCAUCCAACAGCUCCCUAAUCACCUGCAGUAUCCCUGGAAGCGACCCAGCGUCCACGGGAACUCCUAGCAGCGCCGUGGGAAGUGACUGUACCAUGACAGGAAACCGCGUUGCCCUCACAGGAAGUGACUGUGGCACGACAGCAAGCCGGGGUACCCCCAUGGGAAGUGGCCCCAGCCGGCGCGAGACAAGGCCUGUGGAUGAGCGGCCCAGCGAGGAGGUGCUGGCUCGCGUGUUCUCCUGCUUCGGGGAGGUGCGGCGUGUGGACAUACCCAUGCUGGACCCGUACCGCCAGGAGCCACCCCGUGCGGUGGGCGUGGCUGGUGUGGUGGGCGGGGCCAGCGGCCCACUCCACUUCGAGGCCUUCGUGCAGUACCGUGAGCAUGCUGGCUUCCUGCGCGCCAUGUCUGCCCUGCGUGGUGCCCGCCUGCUGUUCCGCGGGGAGGACGGCAAGGCUGUGGCCUGUCACUUCAAGGUGACCUCAGACGCGACCCAGCACCUGAGCGACGCAUCCGUCCGUCGCCGGCAGCUAGAGCGGCAGAAGCUGCAGGAACUGGAGCGGCAGCGGGCAGCGCAGAAGAGGCGCGAGCUCGAGGAGGAGGAGCGGCGGCAGCGGGAGCAGCAGGCCCGGGCACGGCAGCGGCGUCGGGAGGAGAAGCGGCGUCGCCGCGAGGAGCGGGAGCGCGGUCGCGCUAGGCGUCGGGGUCGGCGGCGUCUGCGGCGUCUGCAGGCAGAGGAGCGGCGUGUGCGGCUGGAGGAGCGUCGGCUGCUGCUGGCGCAACGCAGCCUGCAGGCGCUGAGGCUUGUGGGGGCACUGCUGGGGCGAGCAGAGGCAUCCCGGGUAUCACAGGAGGCGGGUCGGCGAAGGCUGCAGGAGGCGGAGCUUCGGCGCGUGGAGGCGGAGCAGGCACGUGCGCUUGGGCUGCAGCGCCAGGAGCGUGAACUGCGGCGCCGUCUGCUUGCCGCUCUGCUGGGUCCAGGUGGUGGGGCCGAUGCAGCAGGCUCCACCCCGUUGCUGGACGUGCUGCGCCGGGUCAAGGCCAGACAUGACCCUGCUGUGACCCCUGCAGUGACCCCCACUGCGAUGUCAGCUAUGACAUCAUCACCACUGCCCGAGAGACGAGGACGACGUCACCGAUCGCGCAGCAGGUCCUGCGAAGGGCAGGGCCGGCGCUGA